GAGGCGGAGUUUUCCAUCCUGGACGAGGCGCAAGUUGUGGCCACGCAGAUGCGGCGGCUGGCGGCGGAGGAACUGGGGGUCGUCACCAUGCAGCGGAUAUUCAACUCCUUUGUGUACACAGAAAAAAUCUCAAAUGGAGAAAGUGAAGUUCAGCAGCUGGCAAAAAAAAUCCGUGAGAAGUUUAACCGCUACUUGGAUGUGGUGAAUCGUAACAAACAGGUAGUGGAAGCAUCAUAUACGGCUCAUCUGACCUCGCCCUUGACUGCAAUCCAAGACUGCUGUACUAUUCCACCCUCUAUGAUGGAGUUUGAUGGGAAUUUUAACACUAAUGUUUCCAGAACUAUUAGCUGCGAUAGACUGUCUACGACUGUUAAUAGCAGAGCCUUCAAUCCUGGACGUGAUUUAAACUCUGUUCUUGCUGACAACCUGAAAUCUAACCCUGGAAUUAAGUGGCAGUAUUUUAGUUCAGAAGAAGGUAUUUUCACUGUUUUUCCUGCACACAAGUUCCGGUGUAAAGGCAGCUAUGAGCACCGCAGCAGGCCUGUCUAUGUCUCUACGGUCAGACCCCAGUCCAAGCACAUAGUUGUCAUUGUGGACCAUGGGGCCUCAGUCACAGAGACACAGCUUCAGAUUGCCAAGGAUGCUGCUCAAGUGAUUCUGAGUUCUAUAGAUGAACAUGAUAAGAUCUCUGUGUUAACCGUGGCAGACACAGUAAGAACCUGCUCACUGGAUCAGUGCUAUAAGACAUUUCUGUCUCCUGCCACUAGUGAGACAAAAAGGAAGAUGUCCACCUUCGUUAGCAGUAUAAAGUCAUCUGACAGCCCUACCCAGCAUGCGGUAGGAUUUCAAAAGGCAUUUCAGUUGAUACGAAACACAAACAAUGGCACAAAACUCCAAGGAAAUACAGAUAUGGUCAUAAUUUACCUCUCGGCUGGGAUUACUUCAAAAGAUUCCUCAGAGGAUGAUAAAAAGGCUACUCUGCGUGUCAUCAAUGAAGAAAAUAGUUUCCUCAAUAACUCAGUAAUGAUUCUCACUUAUGCACUUAUGAAUGAGGGAGUGACCGGUUUAAAAGAACUGGCGUUUCUCCGAGAUCUGGCAGAGCAGAACUCUGUGAAGUAUGGAGUGCCUGAUCGAAUUGCCUUGCCUGUGAUCAAGGGGAGCAUGAUGGUCUUAAACCAGCUGAGUAACCUGGAAACCACAGUUGGUCGAUUUUACACUAACCUCCCCAACCGAAUGAUUGAUGAAGCCGUCUUCAGUCUGCCCUUCUCAGAUGAAAUGGGAGAUGGUCUGAUAAUGACUGUAAGUAAACCAUGUUACUUCGGAAACCUGCUGCUAGGGAUUGUUGGUGUGGAUGUUAACCUUGCAUAUAUCUUGGAGGAUGUCACCUAUUACCAAGAUUCUUUGGCCUCAUACACGUUUCUCAUCGAUAACAAAGGGUACACGCUUAUGCAUCCAUCCCUUACAAGGCCUUAUUUGCUGUCUGAACCACCACUUCACACAGACAUCAUACAUUAUGAGAACAUUCCCAAAUUUGAAUUGGUCCGCCAAAACAUCCUUAGCCUCCCUUUGGGCAGUCAGAUUAUUACAGUCCCAGUGAACUCCUCACUGUCUUGGCAUGUAAACAAACUGAGAGAAAUUGGAAAAGAAGCCUACAAUGUCAGUUAUGCCUGGAAAAUGGUUCAGGACACAUCCUUCAUUCUGUGUGUAGUGGUGAUUCAGCCAGAAAUACCAGUUAAACAGCUCAAGAAUCUCAACACUGUCCCUAGUAGCAAGCUGCUGUAUCAUCGCCUGGAUCUACUGGGCCAGCCCAAUGCCUGUCUGCACUUCAAGCAGCUGGCAACAUUAGAAAGUCCUACAGUCAUGCUAUCUGCUGGUAGCUUUUCUUCUCCUUAUGAACAUCUGAGCCAACCUGAGACGAAACGGAUGGUGGAACACUACACAGCAUACCUCAGUGACAACACCCGGCUUAUUGCUAAUCCUGGACUUAAAUUCUCUGUCAGAAAUGAAGUAAUGGCUACCAGUCACGUCACAGAUGAAUGGAUGACACAAAUGGAAAUGAGUAGCUUGAACAGUUACAUUGUCCGCCGUUACAUAGCAACGCCCAAUGGGGUGCUCAGAAUUUAUCCUGGUUCUCUCAUGGACAAAGCAUUUGAUCCCACUAGGAGACAAUGGUACUUGCAUGCAGUAGCUAAUCCAGGCCUAAUUACUUUCACCGGUCCCUACUUAGAUGUUGGAGGAGCUGGUUAUGUUGUUACAAUCAGCCACACAGUUCAUUCUUCCAGUGCACAGAUGUCUUCAGGGCAUUCUGUGGCGGUGAUGGGCAUUGACUUUACUCUGAGAUACUUUUAUAAGGUUCUAAUGGACCUGCUACCAGUUUGUAACCAGGAUGGAGGCAACAAAAUAAGAUGUUUUAUCAUGGAAGAUAGAGGAUAUCUUGUGGCACACCCAACCCUUAUUGAUCCUAAAGGUCAUGCUCCAGUAGAACAGCAGCAUAUCACACACAAGGAACCAUUGGUAGCAAAUGACAUUUUGAAUCACCCAAACUUUGUGAAGAAAAACCUUUGCAACAGUUUCAGUGACAGAACAGUUCAACGGUUUUAUAAAUUUAAUACCAGCCUUGUGGGUGAUCUGACAAACCUUGUGCAUGGCAGCCACUGUUCUAAAUACAGACUGACAAGAAUACCUGGAACCAAUACCUUUGUUGGAAUAGUCAACGAAACAUGUGACUCGCUUGCUUUCUGUGCCUGUAGUAUGGUAGACAGGCUCUGUCUGAACUGUCACAGAAUGGAACAAAAUGAAUGUGAAUGCCCUUGUGAGUGCCCUCUGGAGGUCAAUGAAUGUACUGGCAACCUUACCAAUGCAGAGAGCAGGAAUCCUAGCUGUGAAGUCCAUCAAGAGCCAAUGACUUUCACAGCAAUUGAUCCUAGCCUGCAGGAUGCUCUUCCGCAAUGUAUUAACACCCGGUGCAACCAGAGAAUGGAGAGCGGAGAUUGCUUUGGUGUCUUGGACUGUGAGUGGUGUAUGGUGGACAGUGAUGGAAAAACCCACCUGGAUAAACCUUACUGCGCACCUCAGAAAGAAUGCUUCGGUGGCAUUGUGGGAGCAAAAAGCCCCUAUGUGGAUGAUAUGGGAGCAAUAGGAGAUGAGGUGAUAACAUUGAACAUGAUAAAAAGUGCGCCAGUCGGUCCAGUAGCUGGAGGUAUUAUGGGGUGCAUUAUGGUGCUAGUUCUGGCAGUGUAUGCAUAUCGCCACCAGAUCCAUCGGAGGAGUCACCAGCACAUGUCACCUCUUGCUGCACAGGAAAUGUCAGUGCGUAUGUCCAACCUGGAAAAUGAUAGGGAUGAGAGAGAUGAUGACAGCCAUGAAGACAGAGGAAUCAUCAGCAACACUCGGUUUAUAGCGGCAGUAAUUGAGCGACACGCGCACAGCCCAGAGCGCAGACGUCGGUACUGGGGGCGAUCAGGAACGGAGAGCGAUCAUGGCUACAGCACCAUGAGUCCUCAGGAAGACAGUGAAAACCCUCCAUGUAACAAUGACCCAUUAUCAGCUGGUGUUGAUGUUGGCAAUCAUGAUGAAGAUUUAGACCUGGACACGCCGCCCCAAACAGCUGCACUUCUAAGUCACAAGUUUCACCACUACAGGUUGCACCACCCUACUCUCCAUCACAGCCAUCACUUACAGGCUGCGGUCACAGUACACACUGUGGAUGCAGAAUGCUAAUGAACUUCAUUCUUUGCGGAGAAAAAACAAAAGAGUUUGCGAACAAUGAAUCCAUGCAGAAAUGGGCAGCCUUGGGCUCGUGCUCUUUGCCAGGAGCAGUUUAACCACCUUUCUGAGUGAACUAUUCCAUGUAAAACCCUUACAUAUUACAAAAAGUAAGGUUGGCUCUGAAAUGGAAGGGAAACGAGCUUGAUGAAUGGACCUGCCAUAACAUUUAAUAAAAUGGAGCAGGAGGUAUGCUAGGCCUCCAAAAACAGGGAUAAACGUUUACACAGUAACUGAAGUUUUGGAAACCCUGUUAAGUCGAGCCAAGAGAGAAGAGAGCUCAAAGAAGCUGGAGAUGUUUUGCUUUCCUUAACUGGAAGAGGAGAAAUCUGUGCAGCCAGAGACAAAGGAAGUGCUGGAUACAGAAAUAAGGAUUCUUUUUAUGUUGGUUUCUGUUUCAUUUUUAGAAAGUAUGCUGCUCUGACAAUUGCUGUAUGGGAUCUGGAACAAUGCAUCUCAAGAUUUUUAAGUAAAGGAUUAUUUUUCUACUAUUUAUUGAACUUGAAGCAUUUUUUAACUUUGGGGGGGAAAGGCAAAACACGUUAGCAAUUAUCGACAAGUGCAGCAUACGUUCUGUGUGACGGAAGUGGUUUUUCCAAGGAAGACAUUUGUUUCUCAUUAACUGAUAAUCAUCCACAGCCCCACUUUGCAAAAAAAAGGGAAAAUGAAGACACCAUUUCUGACUUGUUUACAUUUGCUUUUUCACAAUUGUUUUGUGUAAAUUUUGCAAGCUGACUUGUGAUACAAAUUUUUUUAGAAUAUGAAGAAGAGGGAUCCUUUGCUUCCCUAAAAAAGCGCUGAUGAUUCUCACUUUGUCUUCCUGUAUUGACACUUGUGACCACUCUUAGAUUCCCUUCAUGGAAGGAAGACAGGGUUUAAAUAGUGUUUACUAUCAGAGAAUUUAAAGAUUCAGUAUGUCCCAUUUUUUAUUCUCUUUAGAACGUUGGCAAAAUUAGAACAAAAAAGCACAAACUGUGCUUUGUAAAAUUCAGGAUAUUCUGGGAAAUACCUUUUAAAAUUUUAAUUAUUAGCUGCUGCUGUUUGUCUGGAAUUUAACACUGCUUGGUGGUUCAUACAGGGAUUAAUCAAGUCUUUCUGAUACCACAUGGGGCAUCAUAAUUUUAAAUUAGUUUUAAAUCACAGUGUUGUAUUUUAGAUUCACAUUUUGUGAUUAAAAUGUUAUAAAAACAUUCUUGCACUGUGCAUAUGAUAAACAUCCAUUUAUUUGUAGUUUUUUUAAAGAUCGCUAAAUACUGUUUUAAUGAAUAGGGUACUUAAUACUGUAUUAUGUA